GCAACACGCACUGGGAUUAUAUGGACCGACGGCGGGUGAUAUCGAUUGAUCGGCCCACAAGGUCUUUGGCAUUCCAGGCAGUUACUGAGUUGUCUCUUUCAAUUAUUCUCUUCUUAUCAUCCCGCUUCACUUGGAAUUUCACUGAUACAUUAUGUUUUCCGACUCGAAAGAGCAGACCGCCUCAACUAGCGAGGAAGAUGGGGAAUUCAUUGCCCACGAUCGAGAUGAUGCAAAUCUUGCACAGAUUGGAAAGAAGGCCGUUCUUAAGCAACAGCGGAACUUUGGGGUUCUGUCCAUUCUCGGAUUCAGCUGUACGAUCAUCGCGACAUGGGAAGGCCUACUGGACACGUUUAUUGUGCCACUGCAGAAUGGAGGACCGGCGGGUGCAAUCUACUCCUACAUCGUUGCUUGGAUAGGAACUGCAUGCAGCUUUGCGGUCCUUGCUGAGCUAUCUUCAAUGGCACCCACCUCUGGGGGACAGUACCACUGGUGCGCUAUGCUGGCACCGCCCUCGACAAUGAAAUUCAUGAGCUACAUCACCGGCUGGGUCACACUGAUCGGAUGGCAAGCUGCAUUUGCAUCAGUGUCCUACUUAGCCGGCACCGAAGUCCAAGGCGCCGCGAUCUUCGCGUACUCGCACUAUCAACCACAAGCAUGGCAUGGAACCUUACUACUCUGGGCCGUGGUCGUCGUAGCCAUGGCCGUGAACAUGAUCCCGGGCAAAUUCUUCCCCCGCCUAGAAACAGGGAUCUUUUUCAUGCAUAUCGCCGGGUUUCUGGCCAUCGUGAUCGCCCUGACGUCCAUGGCGGAUCAUAAGUCCGCACACGAGGUGUUCACGGACUUCCGAAACGGGGGCAAUCUGCCUGCGGAUGGGAUUUCGUUCUUCGUGGGAAUGAUGGGUUGCGUUUUUGGGUUUGCAGGAGGAGACGCUGCUGUUCAUAUGGCCGAGGAAUGCAAUAAUGCAUCCGUCGCGAUCCCACGAGCUAUCCUGCUUAAUAUUGCCAUUAACGGCACCCUCGGAUUCAGCAUCAUGGUGGCGGUUCUGUUCUGUAUGGGCGACGUACAGCAGGCCCUCGACUCGCCGACCGGGUAUCCUUUCUUCGAAAUCUUUCACCAGGCGAUGGGAACGACCUCUGGCGGGCUGGGGUUGAGCCUCGUCCUGGUUAUCAUGAGCAUCUGCGCCGUCCUGGGCACGUUGACUGCUGUGUCGCGACAAUUCUGGUCGUUUGCAAGGGAUCGCGGAGUCCCUGGAUGGCGGAUAUGGAGCCAUGUCUCAACCCGGAAUCACCUCCCCACGUACUCCGUCUUCCUCACCAUGACCGUCGCCGGCCUCCUCGGUCUCAUCAACAUUGGUUCCAGCGUCGCUCUAAACGGCGUUCUCUCCAUGGCCGUAUCGGGCCUGUACCUCUCGUACUUAAUAGUCGGUGCCCUGCUUCUCUACCGCCGAUGUACCGGCGCUGUCCAUCUUCCUCGCGACGUCGCCGUGGAUGGCCUGCAGAAAAACGUCCCCGGCGCACAGCUAGUCUGGGGCCCGUUCCAUAUCCCCGGGGUGUGGGGGAUCCUGGUCAACGGGUACGCGGUGGUGCAUAUGACAAUCGUGGUGUUUUUCAGUCUCUGGCCGACAGAGAUCCCGGUCUCUGCGACGAACAUGAAUUUCAGCGUUGUUGGCACGAUGGGGACGAUUCUUCUAGCGGUCGUGUAUUACGUGCUCAGAGCGAGGAAGGCUUACCAAGGGCCGGUGAUUGAGACGCUCAAUUGAUUCGAGCUGAUAUAGCUGGGUCAUAUUUGCGAUGCUCUUUGCAAAUA